UAUUGUGAGGUGAUUGUCUGCGAUCCUCCCAGGGUUAUACCUCUACUCUUCCUGACCUUUCUUCAAGUCACAGAAAUAUUUGAAACGCGAACCAAUUCAGUCAUGGAUUCAGUUUCUAGCAUUUCUUUCAAUGGAAUGGCGGAAAGGAGGCUAGUCUUUAUACGGUCUGAGAACCACGGCGAGCAGGUUUUGAAUACACUUCAGAACUUCCGGGAGCAAAACAUGUUCUUUGACUUCACUAUAUUUGUCAAAGAAGAGAAAUUUCAAUGUCAUAGGUGCAUUCUUGCUGCAUGCAGUGAUUUCUUCAGAGCCAUGUUUGAGGUUCACAUGAGGGAAAGGGAUGAUGGAAGUGUAAAAAUCACUAAUUUAUCUCCGGAAGCUGUGAAGGCAUUUCUGGAUUUUGCUUACAAAGGAUAUGCACGGAUAUGUGAGACCAAUGUUGAAAUGUAUUUUCAGAUGUCUUCAUUUCUUCAAGUGUCUCUGUUAGCUAAAGGAUGCGGUGAUUAUCUCAUCAAAAAAAUCGAUGUCAAAAACUGUUUCCAAAUUUUGUCUCUGUCUGAGAGUUAUGGUUCUACCGAUUUGUAUGAUCAUGCUUUGCAAUUUUUAGUGAAGCACUUCUCUCUUCUGUCAAAGUCAAAUGAUUUCUUAGAAAUUAAUGUUGGAGUGCUAGAAAAAUGCCUUGAAGCAGAUGCCUUGAACGUCCCUGAUGAGGACACUGUUCUGAAUGCUGUACUUCAAUGGACUCAAUAUGAAGUGGAGACAAGAGAAAAACAUUUACCUUGCCUGAUUAAUCUUGUGAAAUUGCAUCAGCUAUUCAAAGAAACUCUGGAGAACUUAAUGAGAUCCGAAAGUUUGCUAGCAAAUAAUCCUGAAUGUAUGGAAUCAAUUUAUAAUGUUUUUGAUAAAUUUGAAGAGCAUAAUGGGCUUUUAACUGAUGCAAGACCAUCCACAACAGAAAGCUACAUAUUUGUUCAUAAAACUGAAGAAAAUAGUACAAUAAAGCAUACCUUUUGCUAUAACAUUAAAAGUGAUACCUGGAAAGAGUUGCCUGCUGCAAAUAUUAUUGAUUUUCCAGGGUCAAGUUUGGUUGUUUAUGGAGAAAAGAUAUUUAUUACUGGAGGAUGUAAGAUUAGUUGCAGUAAAUCUAUACGAUUGCACAUUGCAGAACGAUGUCAUGAUGCAACUGACCAGACAUGGUGUUACUGUCCAAGAACAAACAAUUUCACUUCAGUUUCAUCAAUGAAGAACUCUCGGACCAUGCAUUCAUCAGUUGUCGCAAUGAAACAACUUUUUGUAAUAGGUGGGAAAACCAGAGGAGCACAAGAAAUGCGAAGUCUUUUAAAUGUUGAAUCCUACAACCCUCUUACCAAAGAAUGGAGAUCAGUGAGCCACUUGCCAAGAGGAAUUUACUAUCCAGAAGCAAGUGCCUGCAACGACAUUAUCUAUGUCCUUGGAUCGGAGGUGGAAAUAGCUGAUGUCUUCAAUCCAUCAUUAGAUUGUUUCUUCAAAUACAAUGUGUCCUCUGAUCAGUGGUCAGAACUUGUUGCAGAAUUUGGCCAGUUUUUUCAUGCUACUCUUGUGAAAGCUGUCUCAGUGAAUUCCACAUUGUACAUUUGUGACCUUUCUACUUACAAAGUCUACAGUUUUUGUCCAGAAACUUGUGUUUGGAAAGGUGAGGGCUCAUUUGAGUGUGCCGGCUUUAAUGCAGGGGCUGUUGGGAUUUCAGACAAAAUUUAUAUAUUAGGUGGGGAUUAUGCUCCUGAUGAAAUCACAGAUGAGGUACAGGUGUACCAUAGUCGCAGAUCGAUAUGGGAGGAAGUAUCCCCAAUGCCCAAGGCUCUGACAGAGUUUCACUGUCAAGUGAUUCAAUUUAGCAGAAAUAGGGAUCCCUGGAAAAAUUAAUUGUAA